CCCGACUCCCCUUCGGAAGGGGGGCGUGGAGGUAACCGGGAUCAACCAGGGGCCAGCAUGAGCCAGAGGGAGGGAAGUCUGGAAGACCCCCAAGCUGACUCCUCAAUCUCACCCCUUCCUCACUUGGAGGCCAAGAUCCAUCAGACACACAGCCUUGCCCGCCUCCUCACAAAAUAUGCUGAGCAGCUGCUCCAGGAAUAUGUGCAGCACCAAGGAGACCCCUUCGGGCUCCCCGGCUUCUCGCCUCCAUGGCUGCCGGUGGCAGGCCUGAGCGCCCCGGCCCCGGGCCAUGCGGCCUCGACCGCCGCGGGCGUCUUCCCAGCCAAGGUGCUGGGGCUCCGCGUGUGCGGCCUCUACCGCGAGUGGGUGAGCCGCACAGAGGCAGACCUGAGCCAGCUGGUGCCUGGGGGCCCGGCCUGAGCAUAGGCGCGGCCUGAGGCUCUCUGUCACCUCCUCUUCGUCUUUCUCCAUCUCUGUCAGUGUUUGUGCUCGGAAUGUCUCCAUCGUCUCUAUUUUCUUUACACGCCCUCAGUCUCUCCUUCGGGAACCUUCUUGUCUCUGUAUGUGACAUUCCAUGUCCAUAAUAUUCUUUCUUGCUUUCCCCCUCUUUUCUCCAUCGCUAGGGCCGGUCCGUCUCUCAUGGUCUCCCCCUUUACCUGUCUCUUGGGAUCACUUCGUCUCUCUUUUCACUCUCUCUUAUCUCCUCUUGGCCCCUUGUGAGCAUGUGUACAUCUCAGUCUCAUCUCACUGAGGGGACACCUUGUCACUCUGUUUCCCUCUGUCUCUCCCUCCCUCUGUCCUUUCAUCCUGGCCUUGCUGUGGGAGGGCUACUCCGGAUUUCAGCCACCUUCCCCCAGAGUCACUCCACCUGCUGCUCUCUCCCUUCCCCAUCUCAUCCCUUGGGCCCCCUUUCCCUUUGAUAUUCUUUCCCUCCCCUCACUUCCCUCCACCCUAUCCUUGCACCCCACCCCACCCCACCCCACCCCCGAGCCAGGUCUGUGGGGAGAAACAAUUGACACCUUA